AUGGAAACCCUGGCCUCCAUUUGGGCCCGUGACCCCUGUGACUUCAGCGACCUCGGAGAGAAGCCGUCGUCCGUGUGGGACUCUCAGUGUGGUUCAAACAGCUGCCCACCUGCUGGUCUGAUGUGGUCUGAGCAGGUCUCCCCUCACCUCCAGAGAAACAAACAGCUUCAGGACACUUUGCUGCAGAGAGAGGAGGAACUGGCCAGACUGCAGGACGAGAACAGCAAACUCAGAGAGUUCCUCAACUCCUCUUUUGUGAGGAACCUGGAACAAAAGGCAAAGAAACUAAGUGCUGAUGGGAAGAGGAAGCUGAAGAGGAACCUCAUGUACCCAGAUGAUGAACCUUUCCUGAACUGCAGUCAUGAACUCCAAACCUCCCAGCAGGUCAGAAAGAGAGUCUGCAGGAACCUCACUGCCGAGUUCUGCUCAGAGUCCUCUGAGACACCCUCCUCCUCAGAACCGAACCUGGACCUCUGGGUUCUACGAACACUGGGACUGAAGGACCGAGACACCAUUGAUACAUCCAGCGACUCCUCUUCCUCACCUGGAUACAGCCUCAGCAGUUUAAUUUAUGAUGGUGUAGUCACCUCUUCCUCGGACUGUGCUCUCAACGCCUCUUUCAGCCCUUCAGUCGCCACUUCUGUGCCACCUUCUGUCCAAAGCUACUGCCGAAGAUCAGCACAUCAGACUGAUUACAGGUACGGUACUGCCGAAUGCCAAGAAGCAAACUGUGGUAAUCCUGCCAAGUCACCUCAGAUCUGCACAACUUCCCCAGGUCAACGCUCUGACUUCACUGCCACUGGAUUAACCAGACGGCAUGACUCUACUGAAGCUGUGAUCAGGAGCAACAACACAUUAACUGCCUUCCAACCUCCUCCACUAACAGAAAAACCACCCUUCACCCAGUCACCAAACAGAGCAAAGAUCUGCUCCAUCACUGCCUUGAGUCAAGUCCAAACGCUGGAGGGAAAUCAAGCGAAACAUCCCGAUGACUGGUCUCCACUGACGGGCAGCCAGGCACCAUCUCAAGACAAAAUCCACAUCAGUCCACCAGGACAAAGAGUCCUUUUCUCCCCUGUCACAUCAUCGAGUCCUGUCUUGAACCAGCUGUGGACACCUUUUGGCGGCGGCAGCCCGUUGAGUCCGUCAGUGGGAUCUCACCCCCCUGCAGUGCCACGUAGCCGCACCGAUUUAGCAUUCAGUAUGUUCCUCAGCCCAUCUAGCAGCGUCAAGACCCAUAGCUUCCCCGGAGGACAAGCCUUUGUAAGAAAGGACCCCCAGGGGAGGUGGGACUUCACCUGGAUGCCCCGACAAGGACCUUAA